CUCAAUUGUAUUUGAAGACCUUCGAGCAAUCAAAACGACAGUCAGACAUAACAUGUGGAAAAGGGAUCGAAAAUCGAAAGAACUAUCGGAUUAUUGAGAGAAAAGUGAAUGCUAACGAUAGAAUGAUACUCUUUCUCGGAAACUGAAUAGCCAGAAACGCUGUUAUCAAGAUGGGAGAACCAAAAAGGUAUGGACUUAUCAUUCCAAAUAAAAAGGCAGCAAACAAACCAGUGAAGAAACUGGCGGUCUUUGGUAAUGAUUCCAGUGAUGAUGAGGAAACUGCUCACAAAGAAGUGAAUUUAUCCCUCAUCCAAGAAGCACAAAAGAAGAGGCAAAUGAAACAGACACAGAUUGAAAUUCAGAAAGCAUUGAAGGAUGACCCAACAGUCUAUGAGUAUGAUGCUGUGUAUGAUGAAAUGGAAGAGAAAAAGAAAGCUGUGAAUGUAAAAGUUCCAGAGAAGGACAGAAAGCCUAAGUACAUUGCGGGCCUGUUGAAGUCAGCAGCUGCUAGGAAGAGGGACUAUGAACGGACUGUAGAGCGGCAAGUACAGAAGGAGAGAGAAAAAGAGCAAGGAGAGUUUGAUGAUAAAGAAGCUUUUGUUACAGAGGCAUUCCGCAGGAAAAUGCAAGAACAAGCAGAGGAGGAAGAGAGACUCAAACGUCAAGAUGCCAUUGACGCUGCCAAUGACGUGACGAAGCAAAAGGACUUGAGUUUGUUUUAUCGAAACCUUCUGGAUCGAAACGUAUCUUUGGGCGGCUCAUUCACCGGCGAGGAUGCAACGAAGAAAGAUUUGCAAAACAAGGAAAGACACGGUAGAUCCGAACAAGAGGAUAAGAAGUCAUCUCAAGAAAACCUGGACGAAAGAAAACACGAAGAAUAUAGAAAUAAGGAAGGGAAGAAACAUUCAAUUGUUGACGAAGAAAUGCGAAGACACCCGAGAAGUCCUGUUCGGCAUUCGAGAGAACACGAUCAUAUCAGUCGGAAUCGGAGAGACAGCGAAGGACACGAGGAACGUCGAAGACGCUCGCUGGAUUCUUCCGACAAGGAACGAAGACGACAUAGUGGUAGGAACUUCGAGGAUCGAGAAAGUCAGAGACAUCCAAGUCACUCCGAGAGACACCGAUCAAGCCGAGAUGAUCGCCGGCACUCAGAAAAUUCCGAGCGGAGUCGAACAAAGCACGAUGAUCGACGAGACAGAGUUCGGAAACGCGAGCACCGUGAAGAGGAAGAUCAUGAGGUAGAUAAUGGGUCCGUGGCCGAAAGGGAUGAAAACGAAAGUGCAAAGAUUGUUAGAGAAAGUAAAAAAGCGGAGGAAACAUUGAGCAAGGAAAGUCUCAGCAAAUUUGCCAAACGCAGUACAGGUGAAACUGUUUUGUCAGCUAAAGAACGCUACCUCGCGCGUAAACGCGCGCGCGAUGCCGCUAACGAUGUAACGCGAAACCCUGACGACAGCGACGAUUAACACUGUUCUUUCGUUUGUUUUGAUUGAUUGUUUGUAGCCAAAACGGUAUUGAACCGAAAAAGUAUGACAGGAAA